AUUUCAAGGUUCCCUUGCAAGGCUUGAGAGAUGUCGGAGCAACAAACCCAGCCGCAACAAGCACCUUCAUUGAAGCGAGGCUUGGUGAAACAAGUUUUAUGUGGUGAUGCUGUCGUUCUACAGGGUCCACCGAUGAACGGACCCCCGAAGGAGGUAACGGUAUAUUUAAGUAAUGUGAUUGCACCGCGGCUGGCUAAGAGACCAACGGAUGCCGAAUCCGGCAAGGAAGACGAGCCUUUUGCGUGGGAAUCGAGAGAAUUUCUACGCAAGAAACUUAUUGGACAAAAUGUUGUUUUUCGGUGCGACUAUACGGCUACAUCGGGAAGAGAUCAUGGCCGGAUAUAUCUCGGUGGAACAAAUCUUGAAAAUUCCGAAAAUGUAACGGAGACUUGCGUAUCUGAGGGUUGGGUUGAAGUGAGAGUAGGACGUGUUGCUGACGAAUAUAGCACUAAACUGCUGGAGUUGCAAGAAGCUGCGAAAGCUGCGAAGAAAGGGAAGUGGGCGUUAGAGGAAGGAAGCGCACAACAACAUGUACGACAUGUGAAAUGGGUUAUAGAAAAUCCACGAGCUCUUGUCGAUACAUUCAAACAACAAAAGAUCAAGGCGAUUGUUGAGCAAGUGCGAGAUGGUUCAACCAUCCGUGCUUUCCUGUUACCUGAUUUUUAUUACAUAACACUUAUGCUCUCAGGUAUUAAAGCACCAGCUAUACGGGCUGGAGCGGAUGGCCGAGCGGAAGACUAUGCUGAAGAGGCACGUUAUUUUGUCGAGUGUCGUUUGCUACAAAGGGAUGUGGAAAUUAUUCUGGAAAGUACUUCUAACCAAAAUUUCGUUGGUUCUGUCAUACAUCCGAAAGGGAAUAUUGCUGAGCUGUUGCUUAAAGAAGGUUUUGCAAAAUGUGUUGAUUGGUCGAUCGCUUUGGCUACAUCAGGGCCGGAAGUACUACGUGCAGCGGAAAGGAUAGCGAAAGAGAAAAAACUUCGUUUUUGGCGUACUUAUCAACCAUCCAAUCAGUUAAGUGUUGACAAGAAAUCGUUCACUGCAAAAGUGAUUGAAAUUGUGAUGGGUGAUGCACUUAUUGUUCAGAAGGAAAAUGGUGAUGAAAUCAAAAUUUGGCUGUCAUCUGUAAGACCUCCAAGGGAGGAAAAUCGAGACACAGAAAAUAAGAUUGGUCGACAGUUUCGGCCACUGUACGAUAUUCCUUACUUGUUUGAAGCUCGUGAAUUUUUGCGCAAACGAUUAGUAGGCAAGAAAGUUCAGAUUAUUACUGAUUAUAUACAACCAAAAACAGAACAGUUUCCAGCGAAAACUUGUUGCACCGUCAUGUCAGGAGGAUUGAAUGUUGCUGAAGCACUUGUUUCAAAGGGCUUGGCGAAGGUAAUACGAUACAGAAGUGAUGAUGACAAUAGAUCUUCGCAAUACGAUGCUUUGUUAGCUGCUGAGGCAAAGGCAGAAAAGAGCAAAAAGGGUCUGUUUGCCGAGAAGGAAUUGGGUGAUAAGGGUUCAGUUUUGAGGAUUCAAGAAUUGCAAGGGGACGCGCAACGUUCGAAACAGUUUUUGCCUUAUUUGCAAAGAUCCGGUCGAUCUGAGGGUAUUGUAGAAUUUAUUGCAUCUGGUAGUCGGGUACGGCUGUAUGUGCCUAAAGAAACGUGCCUUAUAACUUUUUUAUUUUCUGGUAUUGAUUGUCCCCGUGGUGCUCGUAUUGGUCCAGGUGGUAAAUUGAUUGGUGAAAAUGAACCAUUUGCCGAGGAAGCUGCUAAAUUUACACGUUCAAAAAUCAUGCAGCGUGAGGUGGAAGUAGAAGUGGAAGGUAUGGAUAAAUCAGGAAGUUUCAUUGGCUAUAUGUUUGUGCAAACUGAACAGGGUCUUUGUAACAUGAGUGUAGCAUUAGUGGAAAAUGGUCUAGCAAGCGUACAUUUCACAGCUGAAAAAGGUGCAUAUUACUCUCAGCUUUGUGUUGCGGAGGAAAAAGCUAAGAAGGCGAAAUUAGGAAUAUGGACAAAGUGGGUCGAUGAAGAGGCCAUUGUGCAAGCUGAAAUUGCUUCAGCAGAUGAAAAGAUGGAGCGCGCGAUAAAUUAUCGGAAGGUGGUUGUUACCGACGUGCAGAGAGGGAAUUUCAAGUUUGCUGCUCAAUCGGUGGAUGAUGGUCCAAAACUUGAAAAAAUGAUGAAAGAAUUGCGCGAAGAGCUGAGGAAAAAGCCACCAGUAGUUGGUGCAUAUGUACCACGACGUGGAGAUUUGUGCGUUGCACGGUUCUCGGUAGACAAAUUGUGGUAUAGAGCACGUGUUGAAGGAAUAAAAGGAAAAAAUGUCGAUAUUUUAUAUAUCGAUUUCGGAAAUAGAGAAAUGGUUGAUGUGACAUCGAUGGCCGCUUUACCAGCUGAUUAUGCAGCACAGCCAGCAGGUGCACGUGAAUACCAAAUGGCUUUCUUGCAAAUGCCUAACGAUCCUGACCAUGCAAAUAAUUCGGACAUAGCAUUUGAGCAAAUUCUAUUCUCAGUACCGUUCAUGUUUAUAAACAUCGAGUAUCGAAAUGCUGGAGUAGAACAUGUCACUGCAAUCGUUGAAACAUCUGAUGGUACUCGUACUGAUGUUGCAAAAACGCUUAUUGCUGAAGGACAUGCCCUGGCAGAACAAAAACGAGAAAAGAGAUUCGCUUCAUUGAUUGCAGAAUAUCAGGAAACUGAGAAAAUUGCUCGCCGUGAGCAUCGUAAUAUUUGGGAAUAUGGCGAUUUUACCGGAAAUGAAUUGUAGAAAUUCUGAGGAACGCUAAGGGUCAGAAAGGAGAAAGAAAAAAUACUGUUGCAUUUUUUGUUCAAUUUCGUUAUUAUCAAAGUCUGCGUUGGAAUUGGUAGGCAUAAUUUUAAUUGUUUUGUUGUCGUUAUCACUUUCGGCUUUCUUUUUGUUAUCCAAUUUGCCUUCUCAUUUUUUCUGCCUAACAUAUCUUCCUGUUCAGAAUAAACCUAAACGCUUCCAUCGCUUUUGUUGUAUUAAUUUGUGCUAUGUGAUGGUGGUAAAGUGUAAUUUGUUUGAUUCUGGUUUAGUGGAGAGGUAAUAAUCAGUUUCUUCUACGAAUGGCUUUUUAUUGAAAUUAGUUCUUGAAAGCGAUUAGACAGGAUCUUAAGCCUCAAUAAAUGACAGUGAUCAACUCUUUCAGUGUUUGCUGUAUCUUUCAUUAAAGAUAAGAUUCUUUCUAGCUUGAUCUAACGGUUACAGUAGGACAUAGUUGUUAUUUGAACAGACAAAUCUGUUGUUAACGAUAUUAUUUGAUGAGUUUAUCAUCAUUUUAUGAGUUUCAAUGCCGUUUUCAGAAAGGAAAAGAAAAAAUCAUCUUUUUUAUCCAGUUCAUUGCUCGAAUAGAAUGAUUGUGAUAUAUACCUUUAUUUUUUUUUUUUUUGUUUUUACACUCAUAAAUUUUCUUUUCAAGUAUACCUUCAAUAUUCCUAUAGAUGUUCCGAUAAUUACUAAUAUAGCAGUUUGUUUUAUUUUCUUCUUUCUCCCGCUGUCCUUAUUUUCUAAGCUUUUUUUUCAAUUUCUACACAGGUAUUUUC